UUUUGGGCCACUGAUUUUUAUAUCGGUCUUUGAACGUCCCGCCAUCGGCAACACAACUCUAUCCACUUUCUAUCGCCUUCACUGAACAAAUUGCCGUCCUUUUUCAAUCAACACUUCUAACAGCUUUUCCAUGAUGCGUAAUUUUCAUACGUUUCCAUCUCAUAAUCCUGAUAAUUCGCUCUUAAAGCUUCACCCAUUUUGCGUAUCUGGAUUCGGAUUCAAUAGCUUUUGCGAAUGGAAGAAAAGGGGCAGUAAUUUGCUUCCAAAUCGAGCUGUGGAGAGCGAUUCAGAGUUCGAAUUCGACCCAGAUAAGGCCCGAGAAGCCCUCCGAAACCUUGACCUACAGCUUGAUCUUAUCUCUCAGAAACAAACAAACCCUGUUCCUAAAAUCAAAGCUUCGAAUCCGAGUCCAUAUGGUACAACAGUUGAAGCAACAAAAGAUCUUCAAGACACAGGAUCGUUUCUACCAUAUGCAGCUUUUGGGCUUCUUAUCUUCUCCAUAUUUUAUAACAUACUGUUUAUAAAUGUAAUAAAACCAUCAGUAGAUGGACCACAAGGUGAAGUAUCUCCUGCUGGAUUAUCCAUUAUGAAACAAAUCUUGAAAGCCGAGUUAUUGCCUUCAAUUCAGCUUUCACCUUCGCCAGAGGUAUCUGUUCAACAAUGAACUUAUGCUUUUCUUAAG